UUGAUCUGACGUGUUUGAAUACAUCGAGAAGACAAUGGCAGAAGUUGCUCCCGCUCCAGCUGCAGCUCCGGCUAAAGCACCCAAGAAGAAGGCAGCACCCCGUCCUAAGAAAGCCGGGCCAAGUGUCGGUGAACUUGUCGUCAAAGCUGUAUCUGCAUCGAAGGAGAAGAAAGGAGUGUCUUUGGCUGCAUUGAAGAAGGCUUUGGCAGCUGGUGGAUACGACGUUGAGAAAAACAACGCUCGCGUCAAGAUCGCCGUCAAGAGUCUCGUUACCAAGGGAACUUUGGUUCAGACCAAGGGCACCGGCGCUUCUGGCUCCUUCAAGCUGAAUAAGACUAAGGCAGAGCCGAAGAAGGCCGUCAAGAAGGCUGCUCCCAAGGCGAAGAAACCCGCUGCCAAGAAGCCCGCCGCAGCAAAGAAGCCCAAGAAGGCAGUGGCCAAGAAACCAGCAGCCGCCAAGAAGUCUCCGAAGAAGGCAGUCAAGAAGCCUGCAGCGGCCAAGAAAGCUACCAAAAGCCCCAAGAAGGCCAAGAAGCCCGCCGCCCCUAAGAAGGCAGCAAAGAGCCCCAAGAAGGCAAAGGCCGCAAAGCCCAAGGCAGCCAAGCCCAAGGCCGCAAAGCCCAAGAAGGCAGCUCCCAAGAAGAAGUAAGCAGGCAAAAUAAUCACCGCCGCGGGGGCCCACAAAGGCUCUUUUAAGAGCCGCCCACUCAAAUCAAUGAAAACAUUAUUUCAACCUAAUUUACGCAGUCAAUCCAACAUCAUUAUUACAGUGAUUCAACAGUUCACUCUUAGAUGCUAACACUUCGGUGACAUUCUAAUGUUUUACGACGCUCAAUCACAUCGGCUU